AUGGCUCCCGAGGCACCUGAUCCUCAGAGCUUAAAAUCAUGGCACGAUGCAUUUCAAUAUCCAAUCCCCACGGUUCGCCGCGUGGAACAGGAGCUGCGUCGGGAUAUUUCCAGCAAUAAGGAGAAGCUCCGAGCUGUCGUGGGGACGCGAUACCGUGACUUGGUCGGGACUGCUGAAACGAUUGUGGCUAUGAACCGGGACAUCCAGGAUGUGGAAACCGUUCUGGCAGACGUUGGACGUCGAUGCAAUCCCCGAUUGGUGGAAAGGAAGCAUAUCCAUAAUCGUCAAAUGAAGAGUGGUGAUGCAGAAAAGGACUCGGGAAAGCAUGCAUUCUGCGCCCAGCUCUCUCUGCUCCACCGCUGUACAACUACUAUCAACCGACUCCUGCGACGGCGUGCAUCCCUCCUUCUAAUUGCAAAGAUCCUGGUGGUCUCUCGGUUAUUGCAUAAGACAUUAUCCCAACAUGACUCUCCUCCUCCGUUCCUGGAUGACCUCCGAAACCAACUUGCGUCUCUGCGACGUACAGUUCUCAAACGAAUCGACAAACGUCUCUCCUCCUCCGGCGCAGUAGAGGAGAGUGCGAUCGAAUCGCUUGCCGCGUAUUGCCUUGCGACCAGCUCCUCGGCCGACGACACCAUCCACCACUUCCACCAAGUGCGAUUGGAUGUCAUCGUCAACCAGCUGGAUUUGUCCUGUACGAACAUUCCUAAAGCCCUCCAGCUGUUUGUCCGGUCUCUUCAAAUAUCCAAAGUGUUGCGAUCCCGCCAGUUUGCCGAUGUUCUCUCCAGGCUGAAGGCUCGACCCCUCCUCGAAGAUCCUGAAAUUCGAAGCCUUGAGGGGCUUGAAGUUGAAAUUCUGAGCCGCUGGGUUGCCCCAGAUGUCAAAAACUUUACUCCGUGGAUCAAGCUCAGUGAGCUCAGCAGAACCGAAGGCGUGGAUUCGAUCAAACAAUGGUCUCUCCAGGCCUUUGAAAAGCUCUCUGCGGGCUGCGAAAAGAGCCUGACCCAAGGUACCGACUUCUCGGAGCUCCUCUCUUUACGGACAGAAACCAUAGAGGUUUGGCUUUCGUCGUGGGGCUCAACUAUCAUCCACGGCUCAGUGGAUGUACUCGAGAAGCUUCGAACCAUCUUCAAUGGUCAACUGGCGAGAAUCCUUCAGCUGCAAGCACAAGGUCUGUGCGAAGUUGGAGCCGAAUCCUCAACCAUCGUUUCCGACUGGGAGAAAACAGAGCACCAUUCCGUCGGAUCUUUAUGGGAUGUUGACCUCAUCUCCGCGGAAUACUCAAAUGGUGCCCAUGCUUUCAAGCAAACUGUGACUGACAGGCUACUUGGUCGUGAUAGUGAUGUUUCUGUCAUCCUAUCCAAGUAUCAAGCAUGGUUUGCUUCGAUUCAGGAAGUAGAUGAAUCUAUCGAUUCUCUACGACGUAUGCGGUGGACCGACGUCCUUGUCGGGGGUGAAGAUGACGAUGAAGAAAUUGACGUCACCCCUCGAUUGAACUCAGAUGAUCCUCAAUGCCUCUCUGAUGCCCUCCACUCCGCCGUCCGAAACUCUCUCAAAGACUUACAAACCUCUUUCGGCAGUGCAUUCAAAUCCUUCAACACUGUAAAUAAGAUUGAGAAGGCUACUUUCCUAUUAAGGGUCAUCCGACUUGUGCGACGGGAUAUUCCCGCGAAGUUUGUUCCUGAAGAUCUGGUUCUCUCAAAUGACAUCGUUCCUGAACUGCAAGCACUGCUUGCAACAGAGGUUAUUGCGAAGGCGGGAUCCUUGAAUAUUAUCCCAGCGCCAAAGAGCCACCCUAAGACUGGCAAAAUCAAGACCGUCCCGGGACGGUCACUGUGGGAAGGUGACCCCGCCAUUCCCGUCCAGCCUUCAACCUCCAGCUUCAAGUUUCUCCGUGGUCUCACCUCCACAAUGGAUACAUGUGGGCCAGACCUCUGGGAUCCAUCUAUGGUGCAAGCAUUGAAACAAGCAUUGAACAAACAUCUUGCAGCUGCCAUCACCUCUGCAUUGGAUGAUCUCGAUCGCAACGAUGAGAAGGCAAACUCGGACGAUGGCAAGCCCUCUGCCAAUGGUGACGCAUCGAAGAAGAGCAAGGCAGAGAAGCCACAGGCUGAGAUCGACCCAUCAGACCAAGUCGAGGGCGUGCGUGAUUGGAAGAUCCAAAUUCUUUUUGAUUCUCUGUAUAUGUCGGAGAUGCUGGGUGAGCGAAAUCAGCUGGCUGAUGUCGUUGACCGAGCCGAGAAGAGUGCUGCUUCCAGUGCCGAUAUCACUACGCCUAUAAGGAAGAUUGCUGGCGAGUAUUGGACAAGGACGGAGCUACUUUUUGGUCUUUUGGCUGAUCAGUCACUGUGUAGACAUCCGCGGAGGACCUCGGGAGUGCCCAGGUGGUCAACGUUCCAAGGUUCCAGGCGCCGUCGGAGCUUAUUUUAUCCCCGUAUCAGGUGA